AUGGGUGUCCCUGAGAUUGAAUCCACAUCGCCGAAAGAAGGGAUGGCUACCGGGCAAAGUGUGGAGGUUAUUAAGGUUCGGGAUGAAGAUGAGUUGCGUCUGGCUCAGAUGGGCCAUAAACAGGAAUUAAAGCGUCAUUUCUCAGUUUGGAGCUUGAUUGGUCUUGCGGCUAAUUGUACCAUUUCAUGGACUGGUCUUGGUACAGGUUUAAUCACAGCGCUGAACUCCGGGGGUCCUGGUGCUCUUAUCUACGGCUUCAUUCUGGUCUUCAUUCUACAGUCUUUUGUCGGUUUAUCUCUAGCGGAAUUUGUGUCUGCUUAUCCCACUGAAGGGGGUAUGUAUCAUUGGAUCGCGGCAAUUGCUCCAAAACGAUAUAAUAGUCUCCUGAGCUUCGCAACUGGGUGGUGCACAGUUUUUGGCUGGAUCUUCACAACUGCAUCAACCAACCUCAUUUAUGCCACGGUUCUCAUGGCUCUGAUUGCUUUGUAUCAUGAUGACUUGGUUGUUCAGCCUUGGAUGACAUUCGUCGUAUAUCAGGUUCUUAAUAUUAUUACCUCGGGGAUUGUCAUGUUCGGAAACAGGUUUAUUCCAAUGAUUAAUAAGUUCUCCCUGAUUUACUUGCAAUUGGCUUGGUUUGUCACUAUGGUCGUUGUAGCUUCAUCUGCACCGGUUCAUAAUGAUAGCAAGUUUGUAUUUGCAACUUGGAUGAACAAGACAGGCUGGAAUAACGAUGUCAUGUGUUUUAUCACCGGCUUGGUCAACCCGCUGUACUCAUUGGGUGGAUUAGAUGGAAUUUCACAUAUCACCGAGGAAAUGCCAAAUCCCGGUAGAAACGCUCCUCUUGGCCUUGCAAUCACCCUCUCUAUCGCAUUCGUUACUGGAGUCUCCUACUUGCUUAGUUUGAUGUUCUCAACACAGAACUAUACUUCCCUAGCAGACACGAACACGGGUCUCCCACUAGCCGAGAUCUUCUACCAGGCGACUUCAACCCGUGGUGGUGCUUUUGGCCUAGUUUUCAUGGUUUGGAUAGCACUGGGUCCUUGUGUGAUCGGCUCUCAAUUGAGCACUGGACGUGUUUUCUGGGCUUUUGCUAGAGAUGAUGGUCUCCCGCUUUCCAGAAUAUGGGCGCGUGUGAACCCUAAACUUGGUUCUCCCUUUAACGCACAGCUAUGUGUAGGUGUUAUUAUUGCUUUGCUUGGUUGCAUUUACUUGGGAUCGAGCACAGCUUUUAAUUCAAUGAUGAGCUCGGCAGUAACAAUCAAUAACCUCGCUUAUAUCGUUCCAAUCCUUACUAAUGUGCUCCUCUUCCGCCGGACGAUGCAUCGUGGUCCAUUUGCAAUGAACCAGUUCUGGGGAAUGACAGUGAAUAUUAUCUCGGUCUGUUGGUUAACCUUUGCCAUUAUCUUUUUCUCUUUCCCCUUUGAGAUGCCUGCAACUGUCUCUAAUAUGAACUACACAUGUGUUGUAGUGGGUGGGUUCUUAAUUAUAGAGCUUGUCUGGUGGCUUAUUGCUGGCAAGAAGUACUCGCAAACAGUCCAACGAGCCCGUGAGGAACAUGAUGCCAUGAUUGUGGAUAAUAGAGAGCAAAAGGCGUGA